AUGCCUUCACCGUCCACGAUACUGCGCAGCCCCUACGGCUCCGAUCGGCUGGUCCGGCUAGCAGCCCAGCUCCGGCCAGCACUAUGUGAUACCCUAAUCACUGCUGGGGGCCAGGAGUUCCCUGCCCACAGCCUGGUAUUAGCAGGUGUCAGCCAGCAGCUGGGCUGCAGGGGCCGGUGGGCUCUGGCAGAAGGCAUCAGCCCUUCCACCUUUGCUCAGCUUCUGAGCUUUGUUUAUGGGCAGAACGUAGAGCUGAAGUCUGGGGAGCUGGGGCCCCUUGAGGAGGCAGCUAGAGCCUUGGGGGUGCAGGCACUGGAAGAGGCCUGCAGGAGGGCUCAAAAGGACAAGACUGAAGACCAACUAGAUCCGGGGCUGAAGAAUCAUGAGGAAGAGCCAGAAAACUUCAUGAAGGCUUCUCAGAGCAGACUGGGGGACCCUGGAGAGCAGAAACCAGAAGAUUUUAGAAUUGGCAGGAGAGAACAGGAGACCUUACACAAGCACAAGACACCAAGAGAGAGCGCUGAGACGACAGGGGGAACACAGGAGGGUCAGGGAGAGAUGAGGUCACAGGAGAAACUCAACCCAGCCCCUCUUGUCCAGAGGGGACCAGAAGGGAAGCAAAGAGUGGUCAUGCAGGUGACAGAGAGCCCAGAGGGCUCUGAAGAGAGUCUGCGGGAGUUCCUUGGUCCCCUUCCCCUGCCAGGUUCCCUCCAAACCAGCAUCAUCCCCAGGCCCUGGUGGGCUGAGGCUCCUCUGCUCAGGGAGGGCCAGCCCGCCCUGUGGAGCAUCGUGCUGUGGCCGCCCAGAUAUGGAACUCCCUUCUCCCACAGCACCUCCAUCACUGGAGCCUGGAAGGUCUGGCCUCGAGAGCAGAGGAUUCCACUGACCUUUAGUCGCCCCAAAGGGCAUUGCAGUCAGAACCAGUUGGUCUCCUCCAGCCCAACCCCAGGUUCCGUGCCCCAAGGCCCUUCACAGCUCAGCCCUGGGGAGAUGGAAGAGUCUGGGCAAGGGCGUGCAGGCACUCUGGCAACCCGCAUGGGUCAUGAGGACACAGCAGGGUGCACGUCUCGCCAACACCCUUCUCCGAUCACUCCUGCUCGGUCUAGGCCCUAUUCUUGCUCCGUCUGUGGAAAGAGAUUUUCACUCAAGCAUCAGAUGGAGACCCACUACCGAGUCCACACAGGAGAGAAGCCCUUUUCCUGUAGCCUCUGUCCUCAGCGCUCCCGGGACUUCUCCGCCAUGACCAAGCACCUGCGGACACACGGAGCGGCUCCCUACCGCUGCCCGCUGUGCGGGGCUGGUUGCCCCAGCCUGGCCUCCAUGCAGGCGCACAUGCGCGGCCACUCGCCCAGCCAGCUCCCGCCGGGAUGGACCAUCCGUUCCACCUUCCUCUACUCCUCCUCUUCUACGAGACCCGCACGCGCCUCGACUUCUCCCGGGAGUCCGUCCUCCUCCACCACCUGAUCGGGUGUUGGAAGGUUCUUUGGCAUCAGUUAGGAGUCCCAGCAAAGAAUGGAAAGAGGGCGGGGCUUCUGCGUCCGCUAAGGCGGCCUACCAAAGCAGAAGUGCCGCAGGAUGGCACCGAGAGCCCUCUCCCGAAUGUCGGGGGUUGCAGAAGCCUGGGCUAGCGAUCCCCCUUGGGAUGAUGGCAUCGAAGAGAAGACCAACUGUAUGGUGCCCGUCGAUUGCAUUACUAUAAUAAAGAGUUUGCUGUCCUCCAGUCGGGAAAGGACUAGUUGGCGCUUGGAGGGGGGAGGGGUGCUCCCGGCCUUGCUCCUUGUCCUGUAGCGGCCCCUAGUGGCCACGCAUCCGCUAACCAGCCCCAUCUCCGGGGCGCCCAGUCCUCCUCUGAAGGCAGUCGCCCUCGAGGGCUCUGUGUCCCGGCAAACUUCACAACAGGCUCUGUGUG